ACAACUCGCUGGAUCAUGUGAUAACCGCUUCCUCAAAUGUUUGAUCAAAUGUGGUUUAUAUUAUUUUCAAAGGCGAGCACAGGCGAGACACCAACCGGACACUCGUUUACAAGCUUAAUUUUAUUAUUUUAUGAUAUAUUAACAAGCAAAAACCAGUGAGUAUUGAAUUCAUUCUUGCAUAUUUUGAUACAGGAUUGGUGCUAAUUGAAAGUCGACUCUUAUUAAAUAUAUCUGCAUCUAAAGUUGCAUAGUAUCUGUAUCAGGCUACUAGACUCCCUUUGAAGAACCAGUCAAUUGUUACAAUGUAUCACUCUUGCCGGACUGUUAAGUGAUGCGUAGCUACAGUAGCAAUCCAUGUCGCUGUUUCCUAUCCAAUGACUAUAUACUGUACGUUACUUCAACUAUAUAUCAAUACUUAAAACCAGCUCAUAUUUUCUCAUGUAGGCUAAUGCUCAGAUUAUCAUGGUAUUACUACUAUCUAUAUGUAUUUUCUGCCUAACUCUGGGCGAUAUAGUGUCAUUAAGUUUUCAGUGUUGUAUCUUUUGCAUCCAGGUUCAUCCUGAUUCAAUAUUUUGCUUGUGCUUCAAUGUAUGCAUUGUGCAUUUGCACAAACGUACCAUUCCUUGGGUCCAGUUAUGGUCAGGUGACUUGUACAGCUCAGAGGUAUUAUUAAUGUGUCGUGUUUGUCUUAUAAUGUCUCCUCCCUCGGCAGUUGGCACACCCAGUCAGUCAUGUGAGUCUCAGGUGUGUCAAUACACACAGCGCAUUGGCUCUAUUCAGUUAUGCAGAAUGUCCACAAUACUGCAGAAAGAAUAAUGUAUAGGACUAACUGGACUAUCACGUAGACUAAUGUCACCUCCCUAUGUGCUGCACUCUGGCAGAUAAGUAUGCACAUUCCAUAGCACCAGGGUCAUGUUCAAUAUGCCUAUACAGAAGCAGAUGUUUUCAAAUGAAAGCCAUUCAUGUGCAUUCCUUGUGUUUGGGCAAAUCUGGAUUGUACAUCCAAGUUUUAGUGACUUUGUCCUGUAACAAACGUCUUUCUCUUUCAGGAAUGCGAUUUGCAGUAGCAUUGUGUGUGCUGGCGCUCUUUGUGGCCACCCUUGCCCUGGACAAUGGUCUGAUGAGGACCCCUCCUAUGGGCUGGUUGGCAUGGGAACGCUUCCGCUGUGACAUUGACUGUCAGAACGACCCCAAGAACUGCAUCAGGUAAGACAAAAAUAUGAUUCUGAACUCUUCCCAUUCUUGGGAAUGCCUUUAUCAUAACAAGGAAAGGAGACAAGCUGAGGAAGAGAUUUCUGAGCCAACAUUGACACUUUGUUAUAAUUUACAUUUACGUCAUUUAGCAGACGCUCUUAUCCAGAGCGACUUACAGUUAGUGAGUGCAUACAUUUUUAUACUGGGCCCCCGUGGGAAACGAACCCACAACCCUGGUGUUGCAAGCGCCAUGCUCUACCAACUGAGCUACAGGGGACUAUAAUAUAGGCCAUAGUAACUCCUGCCGUUUUCCUGUCUUCCUCUGUGUCGUCCCCCCACAGUGAGGUUCUGUUCCAGGACAUGGCAGACAGGCUGGCUGAGGACGGCUGGAGGGAGCUGGGAUAUGUCUACGUCAACAUAGAUGAUUGCUGGGCCUCCAAGGACAGAGACAGUAAUGGACGCCUGCAGGCUGACCCUAAGAGGUAGGCUACUGGACGGAGAAGCACACACACACACGUUUUGUUGUACAUUUUAUAGUUCACUCACAAGCACUGUUAAUGUUUACAACUUUAUUUCACUUGCAUCUCAUGUAUCUUAUCUAUGUAUUGCCUACUGUCAGGUGGGAUUUAUCUAUAUUGAGGUUGUUGACAUAUAUUGGACCAAUAUAUUGAGGUCACUGACUUGUCAGUCAUAUGAUACUCAUAUAGCACAUUCUCCAUUCUCUCAGGUUGGGGUUUAUUGGCAUUAUUGUGCCAAGUUGUUUAUUUAUUGGUGUGGGGUGUUAAUCUGUGUGUCUAUGAAUAGGUGUAACAUGUCUGCCUAACCUGUGUAUCUUUAACCUCCUCUCUCAGGUUCCCAAGUGGCAUCCCCAAGCUGGCGACCUACCUUCAUGACCGGGGACUGAAGCUGGGUAUCUACGGGGACAUGGGCACACUCACAUGUGGGGGCUACCCCGGGACCCCCCUGGACAAGAUCACUAUAGACGCUCAGACUUUUGCUGACUGGGAAGUGGACAUGCUGAAGUUUGACGGCUGCUACUCCAACGCUACGGAGCAGGAGCAGGGUGAGGUGGGGGUGAGAAAGGGAGGAGAGUUGGAUGAAUGAGUAAGGGGAGAGUUGGGGAUGGACAUGCUGAAGUUUGAAACAGGAGAUAAAUGGUUUACUCAACCCUCAGCUGCUUGCUUGACAAAGAUGCUGUUCUUUCUUAUAGGCUACCCUGCCAUGUCAAAGGCUCUGAACGCUACCGGACGCCCCAUUGGCUACUCUUGCAGUUGGCCAGCCUACCAGGGUGGACUCCCACCCAAGGUUAAUCAAAUAAUUAAAUAUUUUUGUAAUAAGGAUUGGUUAAUAUUUGCUGUAAAUCAAUCCAGUUAUAUACAGAUCAUAUAUGUAAAAAAUGUUCUAAGUUGACCUCUUCUACAUUUAUUUCUCAGGUAAACUACACACAGCUGGGAGAGAUCUGUAACCUGUGGCGUAACUAUGGUGACAUAGAGGACUCGUGGAAUAGUGUGCUGAGCAUUGCUGAUUGGUUCUUCAACAACCAAGACGUUCUACAGCCCGCAGCUGGACCUGGCCGGUGGAAUGACCCUGACAUGGUCUGUCUUUGUCAAACUGUCCAUUUGACUGUAGACGAAAUGUUGCUAUUCAAUGAAUUAACCAAUUUGUCUUGCAUAUUCAGUGAGGAGAUGACCCAGUAUGUUUUAACUUCUGGCUGAACUGACUGUGUGUGUAUUCUAGCUGGUGGUCGGGGACUUUGGGCUCAGCAUGGAUCAGUCUCGGUCUCAGAUGGCUCUGUGGGCCAUCAUGGCUGCUCCUCUCUUCAUGUCCAACGACCUGAGGACCAUUAGCAGCGGGGCACGCACCAUCCUGCAGAACAAGGUGGCCAUCGGCAUCAACCAGGACCCCAUGGGCGUCCAGGGUAGACGCCUGAUCAAGGUAAGACCCACAUAUAUUCUAUAGUCUUAUCAGGGUGAAAUACUCCUGAGUUGUGUUGUUGAGCUGUAUGUAAAUAUCCUCAAUGUUAUUAUUCUCUCCUCUUCUCUCUUCCAAUUUCUCUCUGUACCUUGCUUCCCGUCUGAUUCUCAGGAGAAGAGUGGUAUUGAGGUUUUCUGGCGCCCUCUGUCUGAUAAGGCCAGUGCUCUAGUGUUCUUCAGUCGUCGUACUGACAUGCCUUACCGCUACCAGACCUCCCUGGGCAAACUCAACUACACCACUGGCAGCUACAAGGUCAGUCUAGUCCCGGUUUCUCUAAGUCAUAUUGCUGGCGUUGCCUCACACAUGCGAUUUCAUAUCUCCUUUUUCCUUAAUGUCCCUUACUCUCCUUCCUUCCUCAUCCCUUUCUCCAGAGCUAUGAUGUGUUUGCGGAGCGCGAAAUGCCCACACUGAAGGACUCCACAGAAUUUGUUGUGUCCAUCAACCCCUCGGGCGUUGUCAUGUGGUACAUCUCGGCCCCUGGUGGCCAGGAGCAGGAGAACGCCCACGUCAGGGGAAAGCUCAGGGGACACGCCUUCCAUCGCCAUGCCAAGGGUAUCUCUCCCAUCUUAAUGUAACCGUCCCCCAUUGCCUUUGAUGUCUCCUCAAGAUGAUACUGGCUCUGUCUCUCAACUCUACUUUUUCACUAAUCCAACAUUAUAAUGUAUGC